AUGAGCAGAUUGACGGUGGUGAUCUGCCUGCUGGCGGUGUAUAUCGCCUCGCAUCGCGCAAUCACCGCGCGCGAGAUCACUAGAGCUCAUUACGACGAUCUGCAGGUAGCUGCCACUCAUCAUCACAAGAGCGGUCACGAUGAGGAGCAUCACUCCGAUCAUCACCACAAACACGGCGAGAAAGGCGACAAGGGUUACAAGUCGGAACACCAUCACGAGAAGGGAGAGAAGGGCCACCACGACAAAGAAGGCCACUCUGGACACUAUCACGAGGACGAGGGUCACAAGAAGCACCAUCAUCACGACGAUGGCUAUUAUGGCGAGCAUCACAAGGGUGAAAAGGGAGAAAAGGGCCACAAGUUCCACGAGAAAGGGCAUUACGGCAAGGGCCACAGCACGAAGGGCCACCACGAGGUGCACAAGCUCGACGAGUUCAAAAAGGACAAAGAGUUCUUCGACGAGCACCACGAUCAUGGGCAUCACGAGGAGCAUGGUGGUCAUCAUCAUGAGCAUGGCCAUAAGAAAGGCGGUCACUUCAAGAAAGGACAUCACGAUCAUCAUCAUCACGAGGACCACUAUGGCAAGAAGGGACACCACGAGAAAGGACACCAUCAUCAUGAUCACAAGGGUCACAAAGGCCACGGUGGUCACGAGGAGCAUCAUCACCAUCAUUCGCACCAUGGCAAGAAGGGUGGCCACGAAGACCAUAAGCAUUGGGGAUUCAAGAAGGGGCAUUGAUAUGACAAUCGUCAUUUCGCUGCUGUUACUUUCAUUGAGUUGCAUUUGUUGGUUUAUCG